GCUCGGGGACGUCUGCCCGCGCCCCGCGCAGCUGAGCGCCGCCAACGCCGCAGAUCAACAAUCAAAAUUCUGAAGGUCAUAAACUUUCUGAUGGUGGCGGGAAGCCAUGGCGGCAGAUGAUAAAGUUGCUAUCUUAACUGAUGACGAAGAGGAGCAGAAGAGAAAAUAUGUGCUCGCUGAUCCCUUUAAUGGCAUUUCCAGGGAACCAGAACCACCUUCAAAUGAAACACCCUCCUCCACAGAAACAGCUGCUAUUCCUGAGGAGGAAAUAGACUGGAUAGAGAAACAUUGUGUUAAAAUCAACAACGAUCUUCUAAUUUCCAAGGUCUUUUAUUUUUUCUUUUACUCUGCCUAUGGCUCUCUCUACCCGCUUUUGCCUGUGUACUAUAAACAGCUGGGAAUGUCACCCAGCCAGAGUGGACUGCUAGUAGGUAUUCGAUACUUCAUUGAAUUCUGCAGUGCCCCCUUUUGGGGUGUAGUUGCAGAUCGCUUUAAAAAAGGCAAAAUUGUCCUGCUCUUUUCUCUUUUAUGUUGGGUUUUAUUCAACCUGGGCAUUGGCUUUGUCAAACCUGCUACCUUGAGAUGUGUACCAAAGAUUCCCCCGACAGCUCGCCCCACCAACGCAAGUCAGCAGGUAACCAUCCUGCCAACGAAUGCUUCCCUUACCUCUUUCCUUACCAUAUCACCAAAAAUACGUGAGAAACGGGACCUGCCCACUACCUACUGGCCAUCAUUGUUAGAAACGGGGCCCAACGUCUCAGAUGCUGUUGUUGUUUCAGCAGCUCCAGACAAGACCAGUGAACCCACUCUGCAGCCCCAGACACAUGAAAUUACUCACCAUAUUAUGGACUUGACCUUGAACUCGAGCAUAGCUCCUCCUACCCCCCCAGGAAACGUAACCAGGGAGACAACCACUGUUGUCACUACCACCAAAUCUUUACCUUCUGACCAAGUCACCCUUGUGUAUGAUCAACAGGAAGUUGAAGCUAUAUUCUUGGUGAUCUUGGUAGUUGUCAUCAUAGGAGAAUUUUUCAGUGCCUCUUCUGUCACGAUUGUAGACACGAUAACACUCCAGUAUCUGGGAAAACACAGAGACCGCUAUGGAUUGCAGCGCAUGUGGGGCUCCUUGGGCUGGGGCCUGGCGAUGCUGUCCGUGGGCAUCGGGAUUGACUACACCCAUGUAGACGUGCUCAUCGAUGGAAAGGGGUGUAAGCCCCCUGAGUACCGGAACUACCAGAUCGUCUUCAUCGUCUUUGGUGUUCUCAUGACCAUGGCCUUGAUCGUGGCUACUCAGUUCCGGUUCCGCUACAACCACUUCAAGAAUGAAGAUAAUAAAGGGAAAGAGGUGGAGAUCCCUCAGGUGGAGAGGAACACCUCCACGGAGUCCUCUGAGGACACCCCGACCACCACAAGCCACUCGCAGGCCUUCAACUUUUGGGACUUAAUCAAACUGCUCUGCAGUGUGCAGUACGGCUCAGUGUUGUUCGUGGCUUGGUUCAUGGGUUUCGGAUACGGCUUCGUGUUCACCUUUCUCUACUGGCAUUUGGAAGACCUGAAUGGAACUACAACCCUCUUUGGGGUCUGUUCAGUCCUGAGUCAUGUGUCUGAGCUGACAGCUUAUUUCUUUAGUCACAAGCUUAUUGAAUUGAUUGGCCACAUCAGGGUCCUGUACAUUGGCUUGGCCUGCAAUACAGCUCGCUAUAUCUAUAUUUCCUACCUGGAAAAUGCCUGGACUGUUCUCCCCAUGGAAGUUCUUCAAGGAGUGACACACGCGGCCAUCUGGGCAGCUUGCAUCUCUUACCUGAGUGCAGCUGUUCCCCCUGAGCUGAGGACGUCUGCUCAGGGCAUCCUGCAGGGCCUUCACUUGGGUUUGGGGAGAGGCUGCGGUGCCAUGAUCGGAGGCGUGUUAGUAAAUUAUUUUGGGGCUGCUGCAACCUUCCGAGGAAUUGGCAUGGCCUGCCUGGUGAUCCUCCUGCUCUUUGCCCUGAUCCAGUGGCUAGCAGUGCCAGAUGAGGAAGAAGAUAAGACAAUGUUGGCAGAAAGGAUUCCUGUUCCCUCUAGUCCCGUUCCCAUAGCAACUAUUGACUUGGUGCAGCAACAGACAGAGGAUGUCAUGCCACGCAUUGAGCCCAGACUUCCACCCAAGAAAACCAAGCACCAGGAAGAACAGGAAGAUGUGAACAAACCAGCCUGGGGGGUCAGCUCUUCUCCCUGGGUGACAUUUGUCUACGCACUCUACCAAAUCAAAGAGAUGAUGCAACUAACAAGAGACAACCGUGCUUCUGAGAUACAGCCUUUACAGUUGCACAUAGGAAAGGAGAUGAAAGGGGACCAGUGAGAAUCGGGAAGAUUCUCCAGCUGGUAGAGCCCGGCCUGUCCCAUGUGAGUCUCACUCUGACCCAUCUAGAAACCAGCCAUCCCCUGACGCAGCAGCAUCUCAGACACAGACUAGCCCCCCUCACCCCAGUGUGGACCCGCGCGUGGAGAGUGAGGAGCAGCAGGCUCAGCCAGCUGCGGGAGGACACUGAGGGCGUCCUGCUCAUCACACACCCUGCAUGGAAUUGGGCUCCUCGGCCAGGACACCGGGCCAGGCCCCCAGUGAGGAUACACUUCCCCUGGAGGAGCACAGCACUGCAUACGCUUCUAAAUACCCAAGCUCAUUAACAUGGAAACACACUUACACAGGAGCUACAGUACAUACUGGCGGGAAAAGGUAAAAUUCUAUAAUCCCAUUGGAAUUACAGCAGGGAAAUGGAGUUUAGAGAGGACUUUUCAGUUCUUGGUUGGUUAGGUUAAGCUCAACAGGACUUCUCUGCCAGUGCAGUUAGAGUUGCAGCCAGCAGUUACACUAAGUGAGCAGAGGGAACGAAAGUGUUUCAAGGUGAAUGUUGAUAUGAUUUCCCUCUUCUGAUUAUUUAUUCUAACUAUUUGGUUCUUAGUGCAAAUUGGGAAGAAACAGAAUAUAUCUGUUUCACAAAAACACAAAAACAUAAUUUUGUUUUUCUUGGAGAGGACCAUUUGAAGAGUUAUAAGACAUAUUUAAAUAGCAACCAGAUAAAAGUUAGUAGCACAUAUGCUUUUUGUUGAAAAAAUAAAAGUUUCAUCAGAAACUUUGCAUAUCUCUAGCAAAUAUAUUUUUAUAUGUGUAUGGUAUACAAUGAAAAUAGUCAAUUCUUUGAGCAACAAAAGCUGUUAUUGACUACUACAAGCUAAGCUGAGCUUUAAAAUGCCUUUUGUUUUAAAUGGGCUUUGAGAAACACCAGAAAUGAGGGAAUAUCUCAAAUAAACCAACCAACUCAGUAUCCUGUGGCUUGACAGACAAGGGUUUACUAAACAUAUUGAUACUGUAAAUAGCCUCUAGUGCUAUUUACUGUUUUAGAGUGAUCUGGGUUCUAAUUAGCUGAUGGAAUAAAAUAAAAACAUCUCUGAAUUCCUAAGAGUUCCUUUAAUUAAGCAGUACUAUUUACAAAUAACAGUAUAAGAUUUAAGUGCCUGGGGGAGGGAUAUAAUUUUUAAAAAUUACAUAUGGGUCAGUUUUGUUUUGGUUUUGGUGAGGAAAAGGUGGUAAAUAGGAAACCAGGGAUGGGAAGGAUGGCAAUAAGAAGUAACUGUACUUUCCAACAACUAAAGAAAGAAAGCUCAGUAUAUUCUUCCCCAUGAAGACAUAGUCAGACACUGGACAAUUCAGAUAUGGGUGUAUUCCUGUAAAUAUGACAACUGCAGUCAGAACAAUGGCUGUGUGAAUCACAUGUAAAGCUUGCAGCUGAAAAUGAAAGUGAGGUUCCUAGGAAGCCUGGGGGGAGGGCUGUAGAAACGGGAACUAGAAAUGGGAAUGCGGCAUUAGCUGAGUGAAGGUGAGUUAUACUGUGUAUAAUGGCGGUGGAUGAGCACAGGAGGGGAAAGGAAAGAACAGAGUUAGAAAGGAGCAACUCACUUUCCCCUCUGGCCCUGAUCAGGCAGGAUCAGUUGUAAAGUGAGGGCUUCCCCAUGUGCCCAUGGUUCUGCCCAAUACUGCAUCUGGGAGAAGAAAUUCUACACUUGGAUGUCUAGCCUCACCACAAAACACAGCUUAAAAAUAAAAUCACUGAAAGAAAUGGAAUUAAGCAAAUAGUUAUUUUUUGCACUUGAACUGAAAAGUACUGUACUGUAAAUUAUCAUGACUCAUUUUAAGUGACCUUUAAAAUCAGAUGUAUUUAUUAUGCUUGUAUAAUUAUAGAAAUAAAGAAAUGGGUGACAGGCUGAACCUCACCUAUGAAUGUACAGUAUGUGGAAUUGUGAAACUGACUGUAGGAAGUCAAAAAGUUAUACUGUAUCUUGUGUUUACAGUUCUGAUUUACUUCUUUGAAAAGCCUGCUGUUUUGGAAAUGCACAGUUGACAUGUUGAAAUAAAAAUAAAUACCAUUUUUAAAUAUUUCUUAAAUGAUAAAGAUGUGACCAAACAAAUAAAAGUCCUUUACUGUGUAGUGAAUGAGACUGAAUUCAACACACCUUUGUUAUGGAACAUUUACUGUGACAGCAGAUUCAAUAAUGCAGUAAUUUCCAGCCUUUUGAGCUGACACCUUCAUAGGUUUGUGGACUUUGUGACUCUUUCUUCCUGUCCUCAAAGUGCCAUAUGCUACUUUAAAAAAUAUUAAAGUGCAUUAAAAUUAAA